CAAAAACCGGUCUCAGCGUGGCUCAACCUGUCACCGCGCGUCGCAGGGUGCACACAGGUGGUCAGGUGAGAAUUGAGCCGAGUCGAGCCGAAAAGUAGCGCGAGUGAAAGCAAGACCUGGCGCAGGUUAACCGAUCGGUAGCCGGGAACGGUCGCUGGCCACGGAAAAGGAGAAGAAAGCGAGAGGGAGUAAUGGUGGACGCCGCGCGAUGUCAUUAACCGUCAGUCUUCUGGUUCUCGGGGCUCUUUGCGUUUUCGCGAGCCCCGAGACAACUCAGUCAUGGUACGAGUCGUUGCCGGCAGUCGCCAUGGACUACAAGGUGCACAUUGACCCCGGAAAAGAGGACUGCUACUUCCAGUACGUUAACCCAGGCGCGACCUUCUACGUCAGCUUCCAGGUACUUCGUGGAGGAGACGGAAAGGCAGGCUUCUCGGUAAGGAAUCCUAUGGGAGAGAUUGUACAUCCAUAUCAAUGGCGAACCAGUGCCGAUUAUCAGGAUCAGUCGAUGACGGGUGGCUACUAUGGCGUGUGCAUCGACAACCAAUUCUCUCGAUUCGCUGCCAAGCUUAUCAAUCUUUACCUCACUGUCAUUAGGUACGAUCAAUGGGAUAAAUUUCGCCUAGAACUGGAGGAACUAAAUCUCUCCGUAGAGAAUUUUACGAACACUAUAGUCAAUGUAGAAAGGAACAUCAACGAGAUGCUGCAGACUCAACAUAUAUCUCGAAGUCGGGAAGCUCGAGACAUGAAUCUCUUACUCGACAACAAUUCUUAUGUGCAGAAAUGGUCGAUCGCCCAAAUGAUCGUGAUCACAGCGACCACUGUGCUACAAGUUUAUUUUGUACGAAAGCUAUUUGAGGUGAGGUCUUCCGGCUACUCCAGAGUCCGAAUUUAAACUCAGCCAGUCUCUAUGACAAAUCACUUUUCGCUUUGCACUUUGACACAAAUGACAGGCUGUGCAAGUACAACUUCAAUGAAAAAUAUUGCGAUCCAUUUCAACAGAACACAUUUUACGACACUUUGGUAUUUUUCUGCGAAUAUUUGUGUACCUUGGUACUUUACUAUUAAUAGCAAAGUGCAAUGUGAAGAGUAAAUUGUCUCUGGUGGAAUAGAGAUCGACUGAGAGCUGCAAUUGACAGUUCGUUAAAAUAUGUAAGCAUGCAGACUGCGAUACGCUCGAUCAAUGAUCCAAACAAACCUAUCAUGUGUAUAGAAUUUGUAAAACGAUUUAUCUCUCCUGUGGUAAAACGCUCCCGCAAUCGAGAGCGAUACUUUAACAAGACUUUUAAAAGAGAACCUUAUAGUUGAACAAAUGUUUAAAUGUUUAUUUACACGUUGAGCACGUAUUACCAAAAGGACUUGAUUUUAAAACAAAGACUGCAUUUACUUAGUUUGGAUAGAUCAAAUGUAAAGCAUUUUCUUUUUGCAAACUCCAUGGACUUACAUGCUUCCUCUUUGCGUUAACUGGUCACUACUCAUGCGUACAGAAACAUAUUAUGAGGUGACAGUAUAUUUUUGUCUUUGAAAACAAGAAGCAGGGUAUCAUUCCAAUGCCUAAACUAAGGCCAAUGGCAAUUGUACCAUUUCAGUGUCACAUUUAUUUUAUAUCAAUAAUCAUGCGAGAACAGUCUCGGAAGAGAGGUUAUAUACAUAUAUAUAUAUAUUUAUAUUUAUAUAGAAAAUAUAAUUAUAAACACAACCGCCUAGGUACUAUUUCUAAGAUUAAGAUGUACUCAAAGCGGUAUACUUUUGUUACAAAUCUCAUUCCUUAUGCAUAUUAUAGAUCGACAAUAAAUAAAGUUUCGUAAAA